AUAACCUAGUAAACCAUAGCGUAAAUACUAUCGUAUCAAUCCGCGUCAAGUCUCUUGUUUGCGUAAACACUGGAGUUUUUAUUUAUUUUUGUAUCGCGCAGACAUGGGUGAAUGAGAAAGGACAAUAUUAGAUGUUGAAGUUCAAGUGAUUUCAACGGUAGUUGAGUCUGGUGCAGCAUGAGUCAUAGAAAUAGUAAUCUAUUGAUUUAUUAACAGAACACUACAGCCAGUAUUCAUUGUAUACUCAAUACAGUACAUUAUCCUAGACAAUAGCUGUUUUUUCAAAAGUGUACUACAGUUAAUAAUUAUAAUUCUAUUAAACGGAUUGAUAAAAAGGUUGCAUUUAAAAAAAAUGUGAGAACGCUCCCAGUUAUUUGAAAAUAUCAACGUUAGAAUGAGUACUCAAAUAUUUGCAAAUGUUAUGACCAGUGCAGUUUUCUAUGCAGGAACCUAUGAGACUGAGGACCCGUAUCCAAGUUUAUCAGACUACCACGACUACGAACCCGGAUUAGAGUUCGAUGAUUCAGAACUACUUGACCAGAAACCGGAUACUGAAGAUUUCCUAGAAGAGGAGGGGGUGGAAGGAGGUGAGGAACGUGAGUAUCUAGAGUCUCCAAUAUCAGAUGGAACAAUUGAAGAAGAUUUUGAGGAAGCCUUAGCUAGAGAGGUAGAGCUGGCCGGAGAACUUGGGUCCCCAGAAACACCUAGGAUAGAUUCUAAACUAUUCCCAGGUUGCUCUGGUGAUGAAGAUCUACCAGUUGGAGAAGAUUUUACAGAUAUAGCUGAACUAGGGAUUAUUGAAGUUCUAGGAGAUGACAGGAGUGGGAGAAAGAUAAUAACUGCGUCUGCCUGCAAGCUGCCAGGGAAUAAGAGUUUUGAUAACCAACGCUUUCUCAGGUAUGUAGUGUUUACACUGGACCAGUAUGUGGAUAUGGAUUACAGUCUGGUCUACUUUCAUCAUGGACUUGCUUCAGAUAAUAAACCACCUUUAUCAUGGCUAUGGGGCCUUUACAAGGUAUUGGACCGAAGAUACAAGAAGAACUUAAAAUCUUUCUUCAUAGUUCAUCCAACCAACUUUAUCAGAGUAGUUUACAACUUCUUUAGACCUAUUAUCAGUGCUAAGUUUGGACGGAAAGUACAAUAUGUAAACCAACUACGAGAAUUAGCUCAACACAUGGAUCUGGAGAAGCUACCUAUCCCAAAAGAAGUUAUUGAUCAUGACCGGAAGUUGACGAGAGGCGUUGGAAUCACUGGAACAAGAACCUUGGGUAGCUGGCAGCCAACCCAGCAAUUUGGGGUGACCAUAGAGUGGAUUGCUGAACAUCAUCAGGCCGCUAUUCCCCCGGUUAUGACAAAAUGUAUUGAUUUCCUCUCCCAUCCAGACUGCUUGGAGACAGAGGGAAUUUUCAGGAGAAGCGCUAGUGCAGUCCUUGUUAAAGAACUUCAAGCUAAAAUAGACAAGGGGGAUAAUGUAGAGUUCGAAACUCAGGAUGUUCACAUUGCUGCAGUCCUACUAAAAACAUUCCUUAGAGAACUGUCCCAUCCUAUCCUUACAUACCAACUAUUUGAGAGUGUUCUACAUUUCAACGAUCUAGCCAAGGAGCUAAGGAUGAGUUACUGCCGAGAUCUUGUAAUCAAGAAACUUCCUGAUCAGAACUACGUAGUUCUCAAGUUCCUUGUGGAGUUCUUAUCCUUGGUGGUUGACCGUUGUGAUAUGAACAAAAUGACCGCAGCAAACCUAGCGGUCGUAUUCGGUCCAAACCUCUGUUGGUCUAACGACAAGUCCAUGUCCUUGUCUCAUAUAGGUCCUAUCAAUGCAUUUACGGAGUUUAUUCUCACCAACAUGCAUCAUAUUUUCAUUCUUUAAACAAACACGGUUUGCGGAAGUCGUCUUUACUCUAAAGAAGCAUCAAACAUUUUCAAGAUGGCAAGAUGGUGAUUGGUCAUUUUAUCGGACAGUGACAUGAAAAAAAACGCGAAAAUAUUAAACGUAAAAACAGUCGGAAACUAACCUGUAAUAUAAAUAUGUAAGUAUUUAACAUACAUUAAGCAGAGAGUUUGUACAAGGAAAAAAUUUGUUUGAUCUCGUUAUUUACUGCGACAACUUUUGAAUUUGAGAGAUAAACAUGCUUUAUCCCUUACUCUUGGCGAUUACUGUGGGAUAUUCAAGAGGAUUUAGUUUAAUCCGUUGGACUGCACAAGAUACGGAUUAAUGCUUGAUUUUGGAAUUCACAAGUUUUAACCUCUGAUAUAGAUGUUUCAAAGUUAAAUCCUUCCGAUUGAUUCAAAUCUGAACAAAUACAUUUUAUUCAUCUUC